AUGAGUGCGGAACAGAUUGAUCAACAAGAACGUGCUAGUUUUCUUGAAUGGAGACGAAAAUUAGCUGUACUACAAGAAAUCGAUGAUUUAACAUUGACACCAUUUGAAAAAAAUCUUGAAUUUUGGCGACAAUUAUGGAGAGUUAUAGAAAAAAGUGAUGUUAUUGUUCAAAUAGUUGAUGCACGAAAUCCAUUACUUUUUCGUUGUGAAGAUCUUGAAGAUUAUGUUCGAGAAUUAUCACCCGAUCAUAAAAAAGUAAAUGUUAUUCUUGUCAAUAAAGCUGAUUUAUUAACAGAUGAACAAAGACAAACAUGGGCAACUUAUUUUGAUGAACAUGAUAUCCAUGUCAUAUUCUAUUCAGCAUUACAAUCAGCUCCAUCUUCCAAAAAAACGAAAGAAAAACUUUCAUCAGAAACAAAUGAUAAUGAAUCUAUAGAUGAUACAGAGAAAAUUCUUGAAGAUAUUAAACGAAAUCAAUCAAGUUAUAAUGAUGAUAAUUUUGAAAUUUCAAAUCCAACAAAUCAACUUAAUCGAUUUGAUGGUCUUCAAUUAGACGAUGAUAAUGAUGAUAAACAACAAUCAGAAAUAAAUAUCAAUAAUAAAAAAGAUAAUCCUUCGAAUAAUGAUAAUGAAAAUGAUGAUAAAGAUGAAGAAGAUGAAGAAGAUGAAGAAGAAGAUGAUGAUGAAGAUUUAUCUGAAGAAGAAAAUGAACAUGAAGAUCUUGUUGAACAAAUACGUGAAGAUAUUUUUGCUUAUGAACAAUCGAAAGAAACAAAAAAAAAGAAUUUAUCAAUUAUUGUUAAUCGAGAAGAAUUAAUAUAUUUACUUAAAUGUUUAUAUACCAAUAAAACAACUACCCGAGAAAAUAUUCUUACUAUUGGAAUGGUUGGUUAUCCAAAUGUUGGUAAAAGUUCAACAAUUAACUCUUUAUUGCAAUAUAAAAAAGUAUCUGUAUCAUCAACACCAGGCAAAACUAAGCAUUUUCAAACUAUUUUUCUUGAAAAAAAUCUUCUUUUAUGUGAUUGUCCUGGUCUUGUUUUUCCAUCAUUUGUUUCAACGAAAGAUGAAUUGAUUAUCAAUGGAAUUUUAUCUAUUGAUCAAAUGCGAGAUUAUAUUGGCCCUGUCAACCUGAUAUCCUUUUCUUUUUAA